UCUGGCGUCAGCAUCAUCCGCAGGCGGUACGAUGGCGAUCGAUACAGCAGUGAAAUGUUCAAAGUAGGAUAUUUUGAGAAAAGCUCGACAUGCAGGAAUGGAAACGCGAUCAUCGAGCUGACUGGCUCGACGAGAGCAUGACACCUGAUAUCAAAUGUAACGUCAAGCCAGCCAGCCAGUCCACUUGGGAGGACCACAUCUAAGACCUGAACACCAGAAUGACCUCAACACAUCCUUAACAUUGUCCCACCACCAGAAGUAGGAGGUGAAAACCAUAGCAACAGACGUGACCUGUGUGUGUGUGUGUGUGUGUGUGUGUGUGUGUGUGUGUGUGUGUGUGUGUGUGUGUGUCCUGAGGAUGCCUCUGUUUUAUCAAGGUUGCAUCAGAGCCUGAGAAUUAUCCGAGAAUAAGCUUCUGCUAAGUCGAACAAAGACAGGCUGUACCAUGGAUAUUGCCAUGGAAGACCAACUGCUGGAGGACAACUUAAUGUGUAUACCAUAACCAUAAUCAAACAUGUACCUUCUUUUGGGCUGACAGCCCUUGAUAAUAGCUGCUAUGGCUUUUUGUAAUGAAAGCCUGCUGGAGGAGUGUGGCUUCAUGGGGCCGGACAAUGUAGAGGAAGCAGCAGAAAGUCUCCCGUCAGAAGCCACGACUCCCCUCAUAUCAGUCACUCUGCGUGUGACCCUGGCAGCCAUAAUGAUUUUCAUGAUUACUAUUGGUUUCCUUGGCAACGCGAUUGUGUGUCUGAUUGUUUACCAGAAACCUGCCAUGCGUUCUGCUAUCAAUCUCCUCCUCGCCACGUUGGCCUUUUCGGACAUUAUGCUCUCUCUGCUCUGCAUGCCCUUCACUGCAGUCACUGUGGCCACUGCCGACUGGAGCUUUGGAAGCGGGUUCUGCCGAGCGUCCAUCAUGCUGUACUGGCUGUUUGUCCUGGAGGGGGUGUCCAUCCUCCUCAUAAUCAGUGUGGACCGUUUCCUCAUCAUUGUGCAGCGGCAGGACAAGUUGACCCCACACAGAGCUAAACUGUUGAUUGCAGGUUCAUGGUUGCUGAGCCUGUGUGUGUCUCUGCCGUCUGUAGUUGGGUGGAGGACGGGUGCAGCAGGUAUUGGGGGUGCCUGGGCGCCACAGUGUGUGCUGGGAUACAGUGAUUCUUUGGCAGACCGGGGAUACACAGUGCUGUUGGCAGUGUCAGUAUUCUUUGUACCAUUUGCUGUCAUGCUGUACUCUUAUAUGUGCAUCCUCAACACAGUGCGCCGCAACACCCUGCGCAUCCACAACCACACCAGUGAGCAUGCCUGUUUGCCAGCCCUCAACCAAGUCAGCAAAAUGAGACUGACUGGGCUGCAGCGACCCCCUCAGAUCAAGGUGGACAUGAGCUUCAAGACCCGAGCCUUCACUACCAUCCUCAUCCUCUUUGUCGGCUUCUCUGUGUGCUGGUUGCCGCACACGGUUGUCAGCUUGCUGGCCGUGUUCAGUCGGCAGUUCUACUACAGCUCGGUCUUCUACCCAAUCAGCAUAGGCGCUCUGUGGCUCAGCUACCUGAAGACGGUCUUCAACCCCGUCAUCUACUGCUGGAGGAUUAGAAAGUUCAGGGAAGCCUGCCAGGAGUUCAUUCCCAAGAGCUGCAGACUGUGUCCCAGAGUGCCAGGCAGGAGCCGCAGGAGAGUGAGGCCCAGCAAUAUCUAUGUGUGCAGCGAGACUCAGUCAGCUGUGUAAAACAAGGAGGACCAGUUGGUCGAUGCACAAACCAGCAGAUGUUGACACUGCUAUCAACUGUUUUUUUUAACUCUGUUCCUCAUUAAAAAAAACAAUCAAAGGUGAAUAAAGUUCACCUUAAUACUAUACUGGUCAUUAACAAAAUAAUCUCACCACAAGAAUGAACUUUCAGUCUUCAUUUUUUAAGCCAACAUGGAUAAGAAGUCCUGAAAGUGCUCAGAGAAAUCAAAAUUUCAAUAUUGACAAUUUCGUGAGAACUGGACAACUCCAUCUGCUCAGGAAGGUUGUGUGAAACAAUCGAAAGCUCCAGAACAGCUACUGAAGGGACCUUGUGGUGAGAUUAUUGUGUCUGCUGCUUUCAGUCUACAGGUAUACUGGUGGAUAUAACUUCGUAACCAUUAUGGUUUCUGAAAAUGAAUGCCAUCUAAACAAUUUCAUAUCCUCCAUUGUCAAUUGGCUUCUCUGUUUCAUAAUUUGUCCCCGAAGUGUUUAAUCAAUUUAAUUCUGUUUCUUCAGACUGUAGACUCAAUCUUUAGGCUUUGAGUAGUAGUGGUGAUAAUAAUUAUAUUGUCAGUUAUGUGAUGAGUUUAAAAAAAGAAGCAUACAAGGUCUUAAUGUUUAGUGAUGUUCUCAGAGAAUAGUCCGUAAUCUUUUAACUGACGUCUUUAAAAAGAACUUAUUUUAAUGAGAUUUGUGCAGAAACAUGACCUUGUGUGAGUUGAAACUGUUGAGUGUGUCAACAAAAAAGUGUGUCAGUUGUGUGUCAGUUAAUCUGUGAAUGUUUACUUGAAUGUUUUAUCUUUUGAUGAUAAACGACACCAGGUAAAUAAAUACAGUUUGUACAAGAGGCUGCAUUGACAGACUGCUGAGUGCUUGGAUGAAAAACAGCAGCUUUUACAAUGUACAUAAUGGAAAUGGGUUGCUGGGAUACUGAAGAAGACAUCUAUUCACUGUGAGUGGAUGUGUAUCUACU